AUGGCCAAGAAACUUUCUAAGUUGGCAAUCUGUUUGCUCAUCCUCUUCCUAAUCGUUUUGGGCAUUAGCGCCGUUUUGCUGUGGCUUCUGAUAGAGAAUCCUCUUCAAGAUGUCCCCUUUACUCCAGAGUGCCUGGAUACCAACCUGGCAGAAAGGAUAGAUUGUAUUCCUGACGAGUUGGCAACAGAGGAACUCUGUCACCGCCGCCAGUGUUGCUGGAGGCCUCAGGAAAACAGCAGUGCCCCCUCCUGCUUCUUCCCCACAAAUGGGGGCUACAAAGUCACUGAGGGGCCCACAUAUGCAGACGAAGGAUUUACAGCCAAGUUGAGAAGAUUGCCCUCCUCAUCUCUGUUUGGAUAUGAUAUCACUGACAUUCUUCUCACGGCAGAAUACCAGACAACUAAUCGCUUUCACUUUAAGAUCAGUGAUCCUGACAGGAAACGGUAUGAGGUCCCCCAUGAGCACGUUCAACAAUUAGACCAAAAGGCAGCCUCCAAUUUGAGCUACCGUGUAGAAGUCACCAAUAAUCCCUUCGGCAUCAAAAUAAGAAGGACAAAAAACAACAAAGUUCUGUUUGACACAAGCAUUGGACCCCUCCAAUAUGCUGAGCAAUACCUGCAGCUCUCUGUCCAGUUGCCUAGUCACUAUGUGUAUGGAUUUGGGGAACAUGUACACCAGCAGUACCUUCAUAAUAUGGACUGGAAAACUUGGCCUAUCUUCACCAGGGAUGCCAUCCCUAAUGAUAACAUGACUAACUUAUAUGGUGCUCAGACAUUCUUCCUCUGCCUUGAAGACGACAGUGGUUUAUCAUUUGGGGUUUUCCUAAUGAACAGUAAUGCCAUGGAGGUUGCCCUUCAGCCUGCUCCUGCAAUCACUUACCGUAUAACUGGUGGCAUUCUUGACUUCUAUGUGUUCUUGGGAAAUAAUCCAGAACAAGUUGUUCAGGAAUACCUGGAGCUCAUUGGACGACCUUUCUUGCCCCCAUACUGGAGUCUUGGUUUCCAGCUCAGUCGUAGGGAUUAUGGAGGCAUUGAAGGACUGGCAUCUGUUGUCACCCGAACACGUGCUGUUAGGAUACCUUAUGAUGUCCAAUACUCUGACAUAGACUACAUGGAGGAGAAGAAGGACUUUACUUAUGACAAAGAAAAUUUUAAUGGCCUUGACCAGUUUGCUGAAGAGUUGCAUAGAAAUGGGCAGAGAUAUAUCAUUAUCCUGAAUCCUGGCAUUUCCAAAAACCUUACCUAUGGUCCCUAUGAGAGGGGAAGCAGAAAGAGAGUCUGGGUUUCUGGACCCACUGGGCCCAUCGUUGGGGAGGUGUGGCCAGGACCUGCUGUUUUCCCUGAUUACACUAACCCACAGGGCACUCAAUGGUGGGUUGAAGAGUUGGUGCAGUUUCAUAAAGAACUGAAUUUUGAUGGAAUCUGGAUUGAUAUGAAUGAAGUAUCCAAUUUUUUAAAUAAUGACUCACUGUGUGAACCCAACUAUUUGAAUUACCCAUCAUUCAUUCCCAGAAUCUUGGAUAGACGACUGUUUGCACGGACCCUCUGCAUGGAUGCAGAGCAGCACUGGGGCCUGCACUAUGAUGUCCAUAAUUUAUAUGGCUACUCUAUGACAAUUGCAACAGCAAAAGCCAUGGAGAGCAUUUUUCCUAAAAAGAGAAGCUUCGUCCUGACCCGAUCAACCUUUGCUGGGUCAGGCAAAUUUGCAGCUCAUUGGCUAGGGGAUAAUGAUGCUACUUGGAAUGACCUCCAAUGGUCCAUCCCCAGUAUUCUUGAGUUCAACCUUUUCGGUAUCCCCAUGGUGGGUGCGAACAUUUGUGGCUUUGCCUCCAAUACCUCAGAGGAGCUGUGUAGGCGUUGGAUGCAGUUGGGAGCCUUCUAUCCAUUGUCCAGAAAUCACAAUGGCCCAGGUUUUGUGGAUCAAGAUCCUGCUGCAUUUGGAGUAAACUCUGUUCUUUUGAAUUCUGCCAGAUACUACCUGAAUAUCCGCUAUAAUCUUCUGCCUUACCUCUAUACUCUCUUCUUUAGAGCUCACACUCGGGGGGAUACAGUGGCCCGGCCUCUUGUCCAUGAGUUCUACCAAGAUUCACAGACAUGGAAAAUACAUCAGCAAUUCCUCUGGGGGCCUGGCCUGCUCAUCACACCAGUUCUGUAUUCAGGUGUGGACCGAGUGAUGGCGUACAUCCCUGAUGCCGUCUGGUAUGGAUAUGAGACAAAUGUAGCGAUUUCACAGAGAAAGGAAUGGAUGGAGAUGGUACUUCCUAGGGACAAGAUAGGACUUCACCUUCGAGGGGGCUCCAUCUUUCCCACACAGGAGCCAGCUGAGACUACAGAGGCCAGCCGUAAAAAUCCCCUGGGAUUCAUUAUUGCCCUGGAUGACAAAAAAGAAGCAAAGGGAGAGCUGUUUUGGGAUGAUGGUGAAACAAGAGAUACUUAUGGGAAAAAACUUUAUUUUUUGGCAGAGUUUAAUGUGACUCGGGUAAGGCAGCUUAUGGAGUUUUUUAAAGUAUUCUUUUCCCAGCUGGCUACAGAUUGA